AUGUACUUAUUGUUUCUAAUUCUUAAACAGCGGCAGGGGGUUGGAGAGCCAAGCGUCUACCAUGCAGUUGUAGUUAUAUUCUUGGAGUUUUUCGACUGGGGUCUGCUUACAACACCCAUGUUAUCUGUAUUGCACCAGACGUUUCCUCAGCACACAUUUCUAAUGAAUGGCCUGAUCCAUGGUGUUAAGGGACUUCUCUCUUUCCUGAGUGCCCCCCUCAUUGGAGCGCUGUCUGAUGUGUGGGGCAGAAAGUCUUUCCUUCUCCUCACUGUGUUUUUUACGUGUGCCCCUAUACCUCUGCUUAAGAUCAGCCCAUGGUGGUACUUUGCUGUGAUUUCUAUGUCGGGUGUCUUCGCUGUCACAUUCUCUGUGAUCUUCGCUUACGUGGCUGAUAUCACACAGGAGCAUGAGCGGAGCACAGCAUAUGGACUGGUGUCUGCCACCUUUGCUGCGAGCGUUGUAACCAGUCCAGCAAUUGGUGCCUAUCUGUCUCGUGCUUACAGUGACACUUUGAUGGUGGUCCUGGCUUCUGGUGUGGCACUCCUAGACAUUGCUUUCAUCCUGCUUGCUGUUCCUGAGUCACUGCCUGAGGAAAUGCGACCAGUUUCCUGGGGAGCCCCCAUAUCUUGGGAACAAGCUGACCCAUUUGCGUCCCUGCGAAAAGUUGGCCAAGAUUCAACUGUACUCCUCAUCUGUAUAACUGUGUUUCUGUCUUACCUUCCUGAAGCUGGACAGUACUCAAGCUUCUUUCUCUACCUGCGACAGGUGAUUGGCUUUUCAUCAGAAACAGUUGCCACAUUUAUUGGUGUUGUUGGAAUAUUGUCAAUUUUGGCUCAGACUGUGGUGUUGGGAGUUCUUAUGAGAUCUAUUGGAAAUAAGAACACUAUACUACUAGGGCUUGGCUUCCAGAUAUUACAGCUUGCCUGGUACGGAUUUGGAUCUCAGCACUGGAUGAUGUGGGCUGCAGGAGCUGUAGCUGCAAUGUCAAGUAUUACCUUCCCAGCUAUCAGCGCUGUGGUGUCUCGCAAUGCAGAUCCAGACCAGCAGGGUGUUGUGCAGGGAAUGGUAACUGGAAUCCGUGGCCUGUGUAAUGGACUGGGACCUGCUCUGUAUGGCUUUGUCUUUUACUUGUUCCACGUGGAGCUCAAUGAAAUGACUGAGGAAGAGCCUUCAGACAAGAUCCUUAAACCCAACAUGGCCAACCCUUUGGAUGAGAGAAGCAUUAUCCCCGGCCCCCCCUUCUUGUUUGGGGCCUGUUCCGUGUUGCUGUCCUUGCUAGUGGCACUCUUCAUCCCGGAGCAUACCAGCCUUACAUUGCGCUCUGGCGCUCAUAAGAAGCACAGCAAUGGUGCUCAGGGCCAUGGACUUCUACCUCCUGCCCACCUCCCAGAGGGCAAGGAACCACUGCUUGAUGACAGUAGUGUAUGACCCAAGGACUGUGCAUGGACGGGCAUCCAAGCUUACAGGAACAGCAACAUCGUGAUUGUUUUGUUCAACACUGUGUGCAAGACCUUGUUUGCUGAUUCACAGGCAACGGGGACCAAGUGACAGAGAAAAUAAUGGAUUAUGUCAUUUAAUACCCUGGGUCAGGGGUUAGAGUGAAAGCUGUUACAGAUGGUGUACAAUUAAAUGUGCCACUGAACAUGACAGAAAGGAUCUCCGCACUCAUUGUCUUCCAAACUAGUGCAGCGUGUGUGUGGCUUGGAGGGUAUACAUUCUAUUCUGGCUGCUGUGUAUUGGCAUAAGCAGGGAGUGAAAUAGGUAAUGUAAGAGACUAUGGCUUAAGGAGAAGAAAUGAUACAUGAAUAUCACUUGCCAAAGCCAAGAAGAGUUCUAACUUGGACAGUACCUGCCAUAAGAUCUGCCUCUAAGCUUAUCCAUAGACGCAGAACCUAUCGCAUUAUCACAAGAAAAUCUUUUUUUAUUAUUAUUAUUAUUCUUCUAGGUGACUGAAAUGAGGGGAAUUGUCCCUGUUUUAUUA